AUGACAAUAAAAUAAAACUUAAAAGAAAAUUAUGAUUAAUUAUGGUAAUAACAAGAAGAUUUAUCAGAUAAAGAAAUAUAAGAUAAUUUUAAUGUUAGUAAAGCAUUGAAUAUAGUACAUAAAAGUGAAGUAUAGAAGGAGUUAUUAUAAUCAGGUGAAAGAACUUAAUUUGGUAAGAACUCCAACUCUGUAUAAAACAACUCAAAUUUGUAAUCUUUAACUAAUUCAAGAUUAAUUUUAAUGUAAGAUCAAGAUAUUAAUGAAACUGAAGUAAAUUUCAAUUUUAAUUUAGUGUAGAGAAUAAUAGGCUAGAAGAACACUUAAAAAGAUGAAAACAAAAAAAGUUAUAAAUAUUGUUUAAAAAGCUACUAAAAAAAUUUAUAAUAAAAAAGAAGAAUAAAUUUAAAAGGAAUUAAUUAUGCAUUAAGUUUAUAAAUAAAUGAAUAAAGAUAAAAAAAAGGAGAGUAUAAAAUCUAUAGAUAGUGUUUUUAGAAAUUGUAAGAAAUUUAUUAUUAAUUUAUUAGCUCAAAGUGAAUAAACAUUUUUAUAAUCUUAAAAUCAUUAAAAAUUGAUUACAAAUAAAAUACUAAGUGAAAAAACAUUUUAUUAACCAAAAAAAUUAUGUGAAAUUAAACCAAUAUAGAGUAGAGUUUAAUUGAGUCAUAUUAUAUAGAAAUAAGACUCCAGAAUUGAUGAUACACCUCCUAAAUUUCAAAGUAGAAAAAUAAGUCUCAUUAAUGAUAAAAUUACUAAUUUAGUAUCACAGAUUGAUUUAAUCUAAUAAAAAGAAAUUGAUUAAUUAACAUUUAUAAAAUAACUAGAAAAUGAGCAAGAUCUAUAUUAAACUUAUAGGUAAUCCCUUUAGCCAGAUUAAAUUUAAGAUACAUUAAAAUCACUUUUGGGUCCAAGUAACAAUAAUUAUCGAAAACCUUUUAGGUUUAGUAAUAAGAAAUUCUUUAAUUAAGUUUUAUGA